ACAGGCGGGCCCUGGGCUCGGGCAGCUGGGAUGGAGCAGAAGUGUGCCUGGCGCCGCAGGGCACACAGCUGACUCUGCGCACCACCACCACUUCGCCUAGCGCCGCCAGACACCAAAGCUGCUACCGAAGCUGCCUGGACUGAUCGCGCCGGGCGGUCAGCUCCACCCGCUCCUCCCGCAGCCCGCCAGGCGAAAGAGGAGCUGCCCGUGACCGACGCACUUGGUCAGCCCCAGGAAACCCUUCCCUAGCCGCGUCCAGCUCGGUACCGAGCGCCGGAGUAACAUGGUCUGCAAGGCGCUCAUCGCUCUCUGCAUCUUCACCGCAGGACUGAGGGUCCAGGGUGCAUCGACCUCAGCCCCCUCGCCUGUUUCUCUUAUGACAAAAAUUACCCCACCUCCAGCCGCCUGGACUACCUCUGCACAAAACACGGCUAUGGCCACCACCCCCGUGGCCAGGGGCACUCACAAUGCCUCCAUUAUCCCCACUACUGCCACAUCGCUGACAUCUCAGCUUCCCCAGGACAAUUCUACUGACCCCAGAGAAGAGGCUGUCACCAGCCCGGCUUCGAAGAGGAAUAACAGCAACACAGACUCUUCACCUACCGGCCUCUCCUCAACGCGCGGCAGUGUCCACUUGACCCCCACACCCACGGAACAGAGUCCUGGCAGUCCUGAAGCAAGUGUGCCAGCCACUGCGUCACAGUCCCCCACGCUCGUUUCUUCUCAGGCCCCAACCUCAACAUCCCCAUCCCAGGCCACUUCCCCAUCUGAGUCCCUUUCUGCCUCCGUUACCUCUAAUCACAGCUCCACUGUGACCAGCACCCAGCCCACAGGAGCUCCAAUGGCACCUGCGUCCCCAACAGAGGGGCACACGUCUCGUCACACGCCCACUGCCCAUGUCACAGCAGAGCCAGCACCCAAGGAGAAGGUGCCCCAAGAUACUGAGCCUGGCAAAGUGAUCUGUGAGUCUGAGACCACCACCCCCUUCCUGAUCAUGCAAGAAGUGGAGAACGCCUUAAGUUCAGGCAGUAUCGCCGCCAUCACCGUGACCGUCAUUGCCGUGGUGUUGUUGGUGUUCGGAGCUGCGGCAUACCUAAAGAUCAGGCAUUCCUCCUACGGAAGGCUGCUGGAUGACCAUGACUACGGGUCUUGGGGGAACUACAACAACCCACUCUAUGACGACUCCUAACAAAGGAAGGUGGCUGGGGACAAGAAAUAGCUGUCCUUUAUUUAUAAGUGCUUAUCCAGUAGAAUUAAUAACAAGUACCUGAUGCUCAUUGAACGACAAUCGCAAGCCCUGUUUUGUUGGUAUGGUUGUUUUUUGUUUUGUUUUGUUUUUUUCCUCUCUCUCCUCUGGCUGCUACUACCACAUCCCCCUACUGGUACAAAAGAACCAUUUUGUAAAGGCCAGUGGAGGCCGAUUUGCAGCUGACAUGGCCAUCUCUGCACUGACCAGGCCAGACACCAUGAGGUGGAGGCUGCAGCCCCCACCACAGGACCCAUUUUGGAAGGAUUUGAGGAAAAGGGCUCGGGUUGCCUUGUUGGGGAUUUAAUUUUAGGGGAACUUUUGGUUUGGGUUAUUUCUUAAACUUCUCUAGAGGCAAUUACGUGAAGAAUCUAUCAGUGGGGAGGAAAGGAAUGUGUCCCUGGAGGCUAUCACCCUGUGUGGGGGAAGCAAGGGGUUCUUGAUUUCUUUGUAAUCCCUGGCUGUUUGCCUGGCUGUAUCUGACAGGACGCCUACUUGGUCCUACAAGCAGAGAGACAACUCUUAGCUGCCUAAUUAAGGAAAGAUCAAAGAGGGCUGUGCCCAGGAGGAGAGCAGCAGGCCAGAGCAAAGUAGCAUCGCAGGCUGCUGUCAAUCCCCAUCCAGGCCACCGGAAGGCAAGGGGAAUCCCCGCCCACUGGCUUUCAGAAAAGUUACAAUACAGUUCCAAAAGAGACAGAAGCUGGGAAGGGAGCUUGCAGAAUGGAAAGGGAGAGGCAUGUGGAGUCUCAGGGUGAGGGAAGGAGGGAGAGACAAAAGCUCACAUGGACCCUCUUGAAGCCAGCAAGUCGGAGCCAGCUCUCCAGAGUAGUGGGAGAUAUCUAAAUCUUAGAGGAGCCCUUAGAGCAAUGGGUCACUGCCUUACUGUCUAUAUUGGGUAAUGGCUAUAUGCUAUUUAAAAAAUGUUAAAAGAGGCAGUUAAUCUUCCAUAGGAAGGAGACACAUGAACACCUCUGGGUCUCCGAUCUCAAAAUCCUGUACAACUAAUUUUGAGGAACAGUCUUUUUUCUUGACCGACAUCCAUUUAUUUCACAUAUUACCCAUUAGGAAGUGGUUUUGUCUUCUUCUCCCACGGACAUUUGAAAAUGUCUAGUGGCAAUUUUUGACUGCUACUACUUAUCUGGGAGCAAGGGGUCUCUAAGGGGUAGAGACCCUGGAUACUGCUAAACCCUCCACUUUACCCAAGACAACCUGCCACCACAAAGAGCCUCCUAGUUCGAAACAUCAAAGGCUGACACUGAGACUGAGAUUUAUUGUGAUGUCCUUGUGAUGUAGAAAGACACUCACACAUCAGUAAAACCCUUUCAUUUUCAGCAAAGUGAAACAUCAAUUUUUUUUUCUCCAAAGUGUUUAGUUUGUUGACUGAUAGGUUGAUUCCUGGCAUGUGCGAUUGCCUUAUAUUUGUUUGUGUUUCUAGAGAGCUUUAUUACAGGGCUACACCGCUGUCCUUCUGCAGCACCUGAUAUUGGCACCCAGCGUCUCAUGUCCUGAUUUCAUGUAGUAGGAAGCAUACAUCUUAAAAUACGUUACAUCGUCCUAUCAUGUCACAGAGAAGAAACCGUCAGUUAACUCCUUGGACAGACCCUGCCCCGUGACUUUGCUGAAGAAAACACUCUCUAGUGCUAUCCUGAACCCCUCUAGUGUGGAGACCACAGGUAGGGGACUUCCCACAACCUGCCAUCCAGACUCUGAGGGAAGUUCUUCCUAAAUCUCAGAGGUGCCAAAAGGAAAGCACAAUCAUCAGAAGUAGUCUGUAAGCAGAGUGGGUAGCAAGGAGUGGGUUUGCAGAAAUUAAGAUAUUCCUGAAUAUGAACCACCAGACACACACACACACACACACACACACACACACACACACACACACACACACAAAUGGACCUCCUCACAAAAACUGCAAGGGUAUGCCCUCUGGCCAUGCUUGACCUAAACAACUAUCUCUUGUUACUACCCUGACCCCUUCACGGGUCUCCAGUUAGGCAAAAGACAAGCCAGUACAAACAGGGCAUUCUACAUCUCAUUUUCCUCCACCAGCCAAAAACAUUUUUGACCCAUGACACAAAGCUCUCCAUGAAACACUUUAGGAGAAUGUAUUUCAGAUAUCACUUCUGGGGUCAGUUCUAGGCCAGAGGAACCAGCUUCCUCCCAAGAACCCUCACCUGUUAGAAACCAAGGGCACAGCAAGAAGAUUUUCACACCAAAAGAUGCCAUUGUGCACGAACAUGUGAUUGCUUUUGCUCUGCUUAAUUUCCAAUUGCUUCCAGCAAAACACAGGGUAGCCAUAUCCACCAAAGGUGACAGCCCCCCCCCAAAACUCAAGAACGACCCUUGCUGUGCUUGUUAGUAUAAAAUGUGUACAUGUGAGAACUUACUUGGCCAAAUAUAUUUCUCCUCUGUUGAUUUGGCCAAGAGAUUUCAGCAUCUUUAUUCUACAAAUGUUGCUACACACACACACACACACACACACACACACACACACACACACACACACACAUGCACGCAUGCACGCACCCCUCUGAUAUACAUGCCGAUAAUUGAUGUCCUUUACCUCAGGGAGAGUUAGUUCAAGUCUACACAAGGGAAGUUAGUGGCCCUAGUAGAUUUAAACAGUCACAUCCCAUCGUGGAUAGGCCUGGCUGUAAUGUUUUGGAGAAGAAGUCAGAGCAGAAAGCAAGCUAGGAGCCCCUUCUCAAUGGACUGCACAUGAUCAGAGGAUGGUACGCAACUCCGCUUUCCUUUCCUGUGGCCCUGGUAGGCACCCCUUGUCCUCCUUACACAGCUGUGUCUUCAUUUAUAAAAUGGGGGUGAUGCUUUCAUAGGGGCCUCAGCCCUUCCUACCUCACAGACAUUCUGUGAGGAUUUAUGAAAUUGUGUCUACAGUGUUUUCAGUUUCUGGAGAAAAACUAUUUAUGGACAUUUCAAGUAUUAUAUAGAUAUAUAUAUAUAAGUGAUCUCAGUUUAUUAUUUGCUAUUAUAUUGGUGUGUUGUUUUUACUUAUUCUGUAAAAUGACAGUUAAUAUCAUAGCCACAUCAGACAGCUAUCAGAGCUCUGAACUUCCCUCCCAUGCACCUGACUGAUGCAGGGUUAACUGUUCUGGGAGAACAGAAUGAUCUCCCUUCUGACUGAAAAGGUGGCCCAGGACACAGGUCUCACAGACGUGCAUCAGGAUCCAGGUUAGGGUGACACACAGUGGAUGCCUGAGCACUGAUAGCAGAAGACCUCUGACCUUCACGCCCUGGGGUCUCGGAGGAGUAGAGUAUGGUCUAAUGUGAUCUGUUUGUGCUUCAUCUUGCUUGCAAGGGUGCAUGGUUCGAUCCUAUGCAUCUUGAAAAUUUGUGAAUGGUCCAGAUGCUAAUUUGCACGUCGAUUCACCUUUGCCUUUAACCUUCUUUUGAGGGCAAAUGGAUGUACCAUUUCAACUUUGAUCUCGGAAAUGUUAGUUGACAUUGGCUCGUUGCCACAUUUCUCUCUUGGAGUAAGUUAGCUGACACUGUUGAGAGAUGGGAAGGUGUGCAACUUCUUUGAUAUUUGAUGAUGUCAUAUCUACAUUUGUUGUAAGACCUAUUGCAUACCAAUUAUAAUUCUACCAAUUAAAGUGGUUAAAAGCUUG